GUCGUGGUUGUCAGACAAGACGGAACACACGAUGAAGUUCCUCCUCGGCGUCAAGACGGCCCUUCUUGGGCUGUCGGCAACUUCUCUGGUUGCCGCCGACAUCCUUGCCGGCAUACCAACUCUGCCUUUCGAGGUGUCUAACGGUUCAUUUGCUCUGUCGAGCAUCCAGACCAUCGUGGUUGAUUCCCAAUAUGCCUCCGCUGUGGACGACUCUAUGGAUACUCUGAUCCCGCCCACGCUGUUUGCAUUCGCAACCACAUUUGCCGAGGAUCUGAGCAGCAUCUUCAACAUCAGCGCCACCGUCACCAAUGGGACCGCUGCUGCUGGGGGUGUCUUCUUGACCCUUGGCGAUUCCAGCAGGUAUCUCAACGCAUCAGGCGAUCCGUCGUCAGAGGGCUAUACUCUCACUGUGACCCCUACCCAGAUCACCAUCACAGGAGCAAGCCCCCUUGGCGCGUGGUGGGGGACGAGAACCGUGCUGCAGCAGGCUACCCUGAACGAUGGCGCGGUCCCUUCUGGCACAGGAGACGACGUGCCGGGCUGGGCCACGCGAGGAAUGAUGCUCGACGCAGGACGGCACUUUUACCCCAAGGAGUUCAUGCAGGAAAUGUGCGCGUACAUGUCCUUCUUCAAGCAAAACACCUUCCACCUGCACCUUAGCGACAACCUGUACAAUAAUGUCGAUAUCUACUCGCAAGAGCGCUCCCUUAGUCUGUAUGCGCGCUUUCGGCUCUGGUCAGACGCCGAGGCCCUGGUUGGUCUCAACAAGUACAAGAACGAGUCGUACACUCGUGAGGACUUUGAUGAGAUCCAGUCGUCCUGCGCUGCUCGUGGAGUGACGGUGAUCCCGGAGAUUGAGGCGCCAGGCCACGCGCUGGUGAUUGUGCAGUGGAAGCCGGAGCUGGGCUACUCAACCGACCUCAGCCUGCUGAACAUCAGCCAUCCUGAGACGAUCCCCACGAUGGAGACUAUCUGGAGUGAAUUCCUCCCUUGGUUCCAUACCAAGGUCGUCUCCAUCGGUGCAGACGAGUACACGGGUCCCUCGACGGAUUACGUGACCUUUGUCAACGCCAUGGCGAGUUAUAUUGGCACCACAGUUGGCAAGGCGAUUCGGAUCUGGGGCACAUUCCCUCCCAUCUACAACGGCACGUACGAAAACGUCUAUCAGAACGUCUCGGUGCAGCACUGGGAAUACUUUGAGGACAAUCCUUACUACGACUACAUCCUGAACAAUUAUUCAGUUGUCAACUCCAACGAUGAUUUCUAUGUCGUCAACAAGUGGGCGCCUCCUGGAGGCUAUCUGAACCAUAUCAACCUUACCAAGACGUUUGACGGCACGCCACCAAAUGCCACGUACUGGCGGCCCUACGUGUUUGACCAGAGCAAUGCCACGGACAACCCUCCCGAGUCCAGCCCCUACGUGCUUGGCUCCAUUGUGCCCCUCUGGAACGACUAUGGUGCCAAUGCCUCCGUGUACUCCGAGGCCUAUUACGCCUGGAGGCCUGGUGUUCCUGCACUGGCAGACAAGCAGUGGGGAGGAAACUUGUCGACAGCCGACUUUGACGCUAUCUUCGAGACUCUGCACGCUGUCGUCCCAGGACAGAACCUCGAUCGAACCAUUCCCUCUGUGUCAGAUGUCAUCUUCAACUACACCUUGUCGAGCAACGGCACCCUCAAGGACAUUUCUCCGAACAGCUUCAGCGUCGAGACAGACUGCGCCGUUCCCACAGGCGAAGACGCGCUCGAGCUCACCCCAUCCUGCUCCAUCGUGACGCCUCACUCGUCCAAAGGCCGCAAUUACACCCUCACCCUCGCCGGGCUGACAGUCACCAACCUCACCACGCCAACAAACGCAACCCUCCUCACAGGCGGCGACUCGACCCUCAUGCUCACCCCCAACAUCACUUUCUUCGCAGGUGGGAACUACUUCCGCCUCAACGAGACGGUGCCGCUCGGCGAGACUGUCGACCUGGCUAUCAUCGCGCGUGGGAAUAGGACGUUUGCUUCUGUCAGCGAGGGGGGCGUGCUGCUGGUGGACGAGGCCGAGUUUCUGGCGGAGAUGGGCAUCAAUGGGGAGUAUUUUCACUGGGCCGAGAUAGCGUUUGAGGCACCUCUGAAGACGGUCGGAGGUGCUGGGAGUGGUUGGAUAGGCAGUUUGAAGGGGUUCAGUCUCACUUCUGUGGCCUGAUUGCGAUAGUUGAUGACGAUGACGACGACGACAAUGAUUAUGUGGUUGUAUAUAUGCUGUAGCUUGUUUCCCGCCUUGAAUCAGACAGAAGGUUGUACC